ACAAUAAAAGGAGGCGCGCUCCACUAUCUGCAGCUACUACCAUUCACUUGAAAGCGGUGAAAGUAAUGCACAGAGGUGACAACAGCAGGACCGUAGAUUAUAGAAUACGAUAAUUUAAUAAGGAUAGUGAUUUAUUUUGUAAAGCUUUAUUAUUAAUACAUUUUGUUGAUAAGGCAUCAUCAUGUAUCCGGACUCGAGCCCAGACUACGAUGACUCCUCGAGCUCGUCUAUCAGCAGCAGCAGCAGCAGCAGCACGAGCAGCACCUGCGCAGCAUCGCCUACCAGAGAUAUCCCCCGGUGUAGCCAGCGAUCUCUAGAUUCACACACGAACGUAUCGUCAAUGGACAGCAACAUGUCGCAGGAUGUCUGUGGAGAAACAGACUCUCCAUGGCAGUCUCCCUUUGUUCCAACGGUGACUGCAAUCUCAACCUCCCUGGAUCUGCACUGGAUGUUCCAACAGACCACCGUCAUCACAUCAGCAUCAGUCUCCUCCUCCUCCUCCUCCUCCUCCUGCUCCUCCUCCUCCUCCUCCUCCUCCUCCUCCUCCUCCUCCUCCUCUUCCUCCUCUUCCUCCUCCAGUGGACGUGCAAAGCUUAGCAGAGCGCAUGGCGCAACCCAGUUGUCUUCCAGAGUGGAAGGCAGCAAGAAAGGGAAAAAACAGCCUUCGUCAGAAGAGGACGAGAGGAGAAAUAUCAGGAGAGAGAGGAAUAAAGUCGCUGCAGCCAAGUGUCGCAACAGACGGAGGGAGCUCACUGACACCCUGCAAGCCGAAACUGAUCAGCUUGAGGGGGACAAAGAGGCCUUGCAGACAGAGAUCACCCAUCUCCUGAAAGAGAAAGAGAGGCUGGAACAGAUCCUAUCCACCCACCAACCAGCCUGCAAACUAGCCGUCGCUGAGGACGAUGUCGAAAAUGAGAUCGACGAUGACAUUGAAGGUAUUCUACAAGACGCCCCAGAUUCUGCCCAGCUGCUCUCCAUCUUGGAGAAUGCAGACAAACUCCAACUCCCAGAAGGCAAUGCAACAGUAGCGACUGUGUCCAAGGGCCCCUUGUUCCAAGAAAUGGACACCGUCCCCGUCCCAAGCAUCUCCAUCUCUGCCUCGGCCAUCUUGGGUAACUCCAACCUCCUACUGUGCUCCAGUGCUGAGGAAGAACCCAUGGAUGAUCUAGACUUCGACCAGGGUGACCUACAGGACCUGGUCCCCAGCCUGGAACUCAACAUGGCUGUGGCCCCUGAGACCGCCCCGUCCGUUCCCGACAUCGACCUCCUCGGGGGCCCCUUCUGCCUCUCAGACUGGGAGACCCUGUACAAGUCUGUGGCCAAUGAUCUGGAGCCCCUCUGCACCGCCACGAUGAUGUCUUCCAGUGACAGUCCUACAUGUAGCAGUUAUUACCGCUCUGUGUUUUCGUUCAAUUACUCCGAGAUAGAUCAUGUGGCUGAGGAGAAGGGCUGUUGUGAGAUCUCCGAGGGUCUCAAAGGAGUUGUUGGCGGUAGAUCUGAUUUGAUUAACGGUAAUCUCAAUUCUCCCACUCUGUUGGCCUUGUGAAUCUGUUAUGAACUGGUUGAAGAAAUAGGGCCAGUUCCCCACACACAGAUUAAACCAUAGUCUUAUUAAAAAGUAAUAAUAGCAUGUUCAAUAAUGAUUCUCCAUUGAAAGUGCUUUCCUAGUCCAGGACUAGGACUAAAUCUGUGUCCGGUAAACGGGUCCAUGAGGUUGAUAUUGAAUCAAUAAGCUAUGGUCUAUUUAUCUAUCUAUCUAUCCCCUGAUGUUUUGUUAACCUUUAACACCAAAUUAAAUGGUUACUGUGACUGUAACAGUGUUAACUUCUUCCAGAUAUAUUGGUGCACCUGUGAGGGCUGUUCACUCUCUUGAGUAGUGAUGGUGGAAAAAGUACCCAAUUGUCAUACUUAAGUAAAAGUAAAAAUACCUUCAUAGAACAUGAGUCAAGUAAAAGUGAAAGUCACCCAGUAAAAUACUACUUGAGUAAAAAUCUAAAAGUAUUAGGUUUUAAAUAUACUUAAGUAUCAAAAGUAAAUGUAAUUUCUAAAAAAAAUGUACUUAAGUAUCAAAAGUAAAAGUAGAAAUAAUUACUUAUAUUAAGCAAACCAGACGGGACCAUUUUCUUGUUGUUUUUUUAUUUAUUUACGGAUAGCCAGGGGCACACUCCAACACUCAGGCAUCAUUUACAAACCAAGCAUUUGUGUUUAGUGAGUCCGCCAGAUCAGAGGCAGUUGAGCUGGCCAGGGAUGUUCUCUUCAUAAGUGUGUGAAUUCCACAAUUUUCCUGUCCUGCUAAGCAUUAAAUAUGUAACUAGUACUUUUGGGUGUCAGGGGAAAUGUAUGGAGUAAACUCACUUUUUUGGGGGGGGGGAAUGUAGUGAAGUAAAAGUAGUCAAAAAGAUAAAUAGUAAAGUACAGAUACCUCCAAAAAAGUACUUAAGAAGUACUUUAAAGUAUUUUUACUUAAGUACUUUACACCACUGCUCUUGAGAGAGAUACAUGUGUAUAUUGUUGGCGUUGUAUCAAAAUUAAAUGCAUGAAAAAUCAUACCAUUUGAUUCAAAAUGGUGCUACAUUUUUGUGUUUCAUCCUUAAAUAUAAAUGUGAAACUAGACUGUGGUUUGUGUGGAUGCCGUUAUCAGAUUGUGUCUGAACAGGUGAAAUUACAGUUUAAAUAAUGUGGACAUUAUUUUACUGUAAGGUGAGAUUUCUUUCAGGUUUUCGCUGAAAACACAGUGACAUGUAUUUUAUUAAGAUGUAUUUUAUGACAUAGCUUAUUUUUUUUACAUUCAAAGUUUUGACUAACUGUUGGUCAAAUGCAACAACAAAAAAGUAGAACACAGACAAAUAAAAAUAUACCAUUGACAAA